AGGUUUUAAGCGUUAGUUUUGCUACUUUAGGUUCAGGACGCGCAGCAACUAAAACCACAACCGAUUUAAUCUGUAGGGAAGGAAUAUUAGGCAUUUAGUAGCUUAAACUGCGAUCAGUACCUCGAAGCAUGUAUUAUCUGAAUGAAUGCACAUCAUAUAAUAUGUGCACGAAAAGCGCAAUUUGAUAAUAAUAGAAAAUAUGACAGCAACACCCCCAGAAGAAUGUCUUCUUUCACCAAAACUUCGCGUAGCUGCAUUAAAACGAAGAAGACUACGGCUUACAGGUACUGACGACAUUUCGAAGUCAGCACAGGAAUUUUUGAAUGCUCUUCAUGAUAACUCUGAAAUAUCUCUCAUGAAAACUGAUUCACUGAAACCGCUUCCAGCUAUAGAAGUAAAUGACCGUCCGACAAAACCGCGUCCUGCUAUAUCAAGAGAGAACACAGUAACUUUAAGUAACAAUCCUCGUAAUUGUGAUUUCUUGGAUAAAGCAGAGUGUAAUGAAGGAAAUAAACGAACUCGAGAUUACGAUGCAACAUUCAUACUUAGCAAUGAACUGGUAUGUGACGAUAUUGUAAAGACCAACAGUUUAAGGAAGACGAACCAACGUCGACGUUCAGAACGGCACAAACUUGAAGAAUACAAUGUUGCCACAUCUUCGAUUGGAACAAAUGAGACAAAUUCAAAAAACACAAUUAUUCCUAUAUUACCAAAACCCAAAGAAAAGGAACCUCUGUUAUCGGAUUCUAACCUCGCUAGAAACAGCAAAAACAAACAGGCUUCUGAAAAUAAAAUUUCAACGCCAACACGUCGUCAACGUAGAAGAAAUAGAAACCCGCCAACUGUCGUGACGCCUAUUAGAAAUUUAUCUAUUGAAGAUAACUCUACUUUAUCUGUUCCUCGAAGUACAAACAAAAGUAAAUUAAAUAAACUAACUGAGAAAGCUGAACCGUUAACGGAUUUAAACGUUAAAAAUGGCUUGGCAUACAGUUGUGUGGAUGACAGUCCUUUAAAUUGUAAUGGGAACAAUAUCAGAAGGUCGAGAAGAAAUCGUCAAAAUACAUCUUCAUCGUUAUCAGAUUGUUGUAUCACAGAUGGACUCUCGGAUGCGAUGAGUAUGCUGUCGGAUGAUCAAGAAGCAUACCAGCCCACCCUACGCAGCAACGAUAAAGAAGAAAAAACUAGGAAGCAUUUUAGUAACCAGAAUUUAUCUACGAGUACAGCUAAUGAAUCCUGUGACUCAAGACUUGGUAUCUUUACGUCACCCCGACGUCAUAAGAAGCGGGCCCGUCCACGGCCUGUAAAUGCAAGUGAAAACGCAGAGUUAUUAAAGACCCCGAUAAACAACUGUAAUUCAUCGCCGGGGGUAGUCCUCGAACCGAUUGUGUUAGCUUCAAACGAACUGUUUAGUCGAGAGGAGAUGGAAGGUUUAAACGAUAAUCGACAAACUAGACGCAAAACGUACAACAAAUACCUCCCACCGUUGUCUGAGUCGUAUAAUAGAAAAUAGAAGCUCCGAUUAUGCAUACGGCGAUAGUAAAUACAAUGAGUGGAUCCUUGUAUUUAAUUGAAAUGCAUAGAACGUAUACGUAUAUUGCAUUGUUAAAAUGCAGCUGUUUCUUCAUGAUACUUAAAUAGUUUCUAUAACAAUACAAAGAACGGUAGAGUGAUAAACUUAA